AUGUCACUUUUUCGUAAACCGAAAAAAAUACAAAGACGAGUUUUUUCAAGUGCCCUAGAUGAUGAUGAAGAUGAUUGUGCUACGGCAGCAGCAGCAACAUCAACAAGGGAAAACAAUGAUGGUGGCUAUGGUAAAAAGAGAAACGAUGCAUCGGAUGAUAUGGAUCAGGAUGGUGAUGAACUUAUAGCUCCACCACCGCCUCACAUAUCGAGUAAAAAGAAACACCGUGAUGGAAAAUCGAAAUCUUCCAGUGGUAAAAGUAGUAGUGGCGGUGGUGGUGGUGCAGCUGCUGGAGCCUCAGAUGCUUACAAAACGAAGGCACUGUUAAGUUUCGCAGACGAAGAGGACGAUGGUGAAGUUUUCCAAGUACGCAAAUCAUCACAUAGCAAAAAAGUUAUGCGUAUGAUGGACAAAGAGAGACGUCGCAAGAAGCGCGAGGAACGUAGUGCUGAGCAUAAUACAGCAACCAGCAGCAGCAGCAGCGGUUAUGGUGGUCAUCAAACAACAAACAACGAUAGUGCUUCUAUGAAUCGUGAAAACGGUUCAUCACGUCUUAAUAAUGAUUCUCAUAAUUUAGGUUCAUCUGCAUCCUCGGCAUCAGCAACAAGUUCUUCGGAACAAAAUAAGAAAAGUAAUAAAAGUGAUAGUAUCCAAACAGAAAUACGCACAGACGACUUUGUGCUGGUAGUUAAAAAAACUGAACCAAAUAUUAUACUCAAUGGACGGGCAGCAUUAUGUGCUGGUCGUGAUGAUAUGUCCGAUGAGGAUUCCGACCAUAGUGACAAUGAACGGAAUGGUGAUAGCAGUAAACAUCGUUUUGCCAAACCGGAUCAUUUAAAGCAAAUGCUGGAAAGUGGAUCUAUACCCGAUGCGGCAAUGAUACAUGCGGCACGCAAACGCAGACAAAAGGCUCGGGAACAAGGUGACUUCAUUGCCGUUGAGGAACCAAAAGUUGAAACGAAAAAAGGCAGCCGUUUGGCUCGCGAAGAUAUGGAAGGCGAUAAUUCCGAUGAUGAAGAACGUAUGGAUAUGAAUGCCAUAACAGGCAUUAAGGAACGCGAAGAAAGGCGUGAAAAAUUCUAUGCCGUGGAAAAAGAUUGUUCCGACGAAGAUUCCGAUUGUGAAACCCACGAAUGGGAAAAUCAACAAAUACGUAAAGGCGUCACAGGUGCCCAAUUGGUAAAUGCUCAAAAUGAAUCGGUACUAUCAAGAUUUAUGAUUAAAUCGAGUGCUGAUAAGGCCAUCGAAGCCCCGCCGGAAGUUAAAUCCACAUCGACAUUGUUGGAGCAGGCAUAUGCCAAGUGUACCUUGGAACGACCACAACAAUUGUUAAGUGUUACCAAACCCAAGAAAGAUAAAACAAAACCGGCCGCCUUACGAUCGCCGCAAGAGAUUCGUGAAGCCAUCAAUGAACGGCUGAAUAAGUUGAAGGAACUCAAUGCCCGCCACAUGGGUGAUAUCGAAAGGCUUCAGCAGGAAAUGAAGGCUAUGCAAUUGGAAGAAAUGGAUGCUAAGCAAAAGGCCCCAGCGGCUGCUGCGAAAUAUCGUUUCUAUCAGGAAAUUAAAUGUUAUGUUACUGAUUUGGUGGAUUGUCUCAAUGAGAAGAUCUCUGCCAUUAAUGACUUGGAAAAAAGGUGCAUUGUAUUUUUUGGGAAACAUCAACAUUUCCUUAUUGAACGCCGUCGUCAGGAUGUACGAGACCAGGCAAGGGAAAUGGCCGAAGCAGCAAAACCCACAACGGUACGCAAGGGCCCAGAAUAUGAUGAACAAAUUCGGCGUGCGGCUGAGCGAGAGGGUCGUCGCACCCGUAGACGUUGUGAAAGGGAACGGCAAAAUACUUUAGCUUCCCAUUUGGAUGGUAUGUCUUCGGAUGAGGAGACAUCGGAUCGUUAUCAAGAGCAAUUUCAAAAUGAAUUGGAGGAACUCAUCAAAGAAGGCCUUGAAGUUAUGGAAGAUGUUACAGAUGAUUUUUGUAAACCUGAUAUAAUUUUAUCCAAGUUUCAUGCUUGGCGACAAACCGAUAUGAGCUCAUAUAAAGAUGCCUUUGUUAGUUUGUGUUUGCCUAAGAUUUUGGGACCUCUCAUACGUUUAGAAAUGCUAACAUGGUCUCCCCUGUUGGCUGACUAUAAAGAUAUUGAAAAAUUAAGCUGGUAUCCUGCCUGUAUUUUGUAUGCCUGGCAUGAAAAUGAAACUGAGGAAUCACUGAGACAAGAUCCCGAUGUAAAUUUGGUGCCAACUCUAAUUGAGAAAAUUAUUUUACCCAAAAUAACCGAUAUUGUCACGCAUUGCUGGGAUCCAUUGUCAACCACCCAAACAUUACGUUUAAUUGGUUUUAUAAAUCGUUUGGGUCGUGAUUACCCGCUGAAGGAGACAUCCAAAUCUUUACAGCAAUUAUUUAAGGCAAUAUUGGAUAAAAUGAAAAAUGCCCUAGAGAAUGAUGUUUUUAUACCCAUAUUUCCAAAACAAGUUUCAGAAAACAAGACCUCCUUUUUUCAACGGCAAUUUUGCAGUGGCCUAAAAUUGUUUCGUAACUUCUUAUCAUGGCAGGGUAUUAUUGCCGAUACACCUCUAAGAGAAAUGGCAAUUGGUUGCCUAUUAAAUCGUUAUUUACUUAUGGCCAUGAGGGUCUGUACACCAAUUGAUGCUAUAAGCAAAGCUUAUACAAUUGUUAACACAUUACCCACUGCCUGGCUACAACCCGAUUCAGAAUGUUUGAAAAAUUUACAGCUAUUCAUAUUGUACAUUAAACAGACAAUGGAAUCUUGUGAUGCUAACAAUCCUGUAUUUAUGCAAACUAGUGAUAAGGCUAAACAAAUCAUACAAAGACUACAUAGCAAUUAAAAAUAA